AUGAAAGCGAUGGAAGAGCGAACAGUGGGUCUCAUAUCUGCCAGUUCGUCACGUGCAUCACUGAAAACCCAAUUGGAGAACGGAUACCCGAGAAUCUGUGACUAUUGUGAACCUACAAUUGAAUUUCUAUCAUCAUCAGAAUUAGCACGUCAUAUUCGGCAAGAUCAUACAACACAAGAGGGUGGGAGCUUUCUCUGCAGGUACGGAGAACACGGAGUAUGUCAGAAACUGCCAUUAGAAGGUGUAUGUGAUGUUGAUUUCGAAGCUCAUAUUCGACGAUGCCAUACUUCACAAUCAGUUCCUUACUCGCGUUCAACAUCUUGUUUCACAGAGGAUAACGAAGAAGCAGCGAGUUUGCGAAGUAUCCGAUUGACAAGCGACCGAGAUACUCCGACGAUUGAAAAAAAAAAAUUCACACUUCAUAGUUUCACACAAAAUUUGUCCGCAGUGCUUGCCGAUCCAUCACGUUCCCGGAAUGACCUAUCAACAUUCUUCACUCGUCACUGGGGAGAUACUUUUGUACCAACACAACCAGUACCAACAUCAAAACGACUAGCGAAAAUGGCUGAUGCAUCUUUCGAUAGUUAUUGUCAGGCUGCUGGGGAGUCUUACAAAAGAUAUCAAGCAGUGAAAAGAGCAUUGCGACUGAGUCAUACUGAAGGCACAGAGUCUGGAAAUGAACGACAAGAUGCUGAAGAUUUACCAACGGUCUUCAUCGAUCCACGAUUCACACUUGGAGACAGUUCAACAUUCUCAGCUGUUUUCACAGUUCCUGCCAAUGAAAAUCUGGACGCGUUGAAGCAGACAUUAUCCGGUAAAAAUGUGAUACCUGCGACACCGUUGGAAGUUGCCAUAAACAAAAAACCAGGCGAGUUUCGUGACUACGAAGCACUUCAAAACCGUCUCGAAAUGAUGCAUGAUGUUGUUGACGGAAGACUAGCUGGAAAACUUGUUGCCAAAACUGAUGACUUCUGGCAAGUGGUUCGAUCGUACAGUGGCCUCCAGGAACAACUAGCGAAUGCGUUGCAAUGUGUGAUGGUUGUAAGGAAGAACUUGAAACAUGUCGAUGAACUAGUAUGCGACCAAACAAAGAAAAUCAUUGAAGUUCACCAAAAAUACGAACAGAAAAAGCAUUUAUUGGCCAAGUUAAACGAUAUUGCAUGCCUGCGAGAAGCACAAUCCACAGUCCAGAUGAUGUUGUCACAAGGGGAUUAUCCGAAAGCAAUCGAAUGCAUCGAAACGAGUUUGGAUGUUCUUUCAAAAGAACUGAACGGAGUGACGUGCUUCCGACAUCUUUCAUCUCAACUCAGAGAGCUGUAUAGUGUCAUCGGAAGAAUGAUGAACGAAGAUUUUACUUCUUUAAUUCAGAAAGAAUUUGGAGUGAAGCCAGAAGCAGGAACACUAAUUCAGGCAGAAGGAGAGCUCUCAGCCGUACUUCUCGGUUUGAUGAGAAUGCGAAAAUAUACCUUCAUUUCGGUUUUGCGAGAGGAGAUUAUAGAAGGUGUGAAAAGUGUAAUGAGACACGUCAUCAAGAGUCAAAUUCUGAAUAGUGGAGUUGAUUUAAGCGAUUUCGAUCCAAGUCUCACCCAACUAGGAGAGCCUGUUCGAAGAAUGAAGCAUGCAGAUUUUCUAAAAACUGUUCGAGCUGUGAUGGACGAAGAGUACUUUUUCUGUAAACGACUUGAAGCACUACAAGAUAUUUUACUGGAAACUGCACAACGAGCGCACCCCUCAAAUCGUCAUGGAUCCGAAGAUAUUAUUAUUGAACGAUUGGAAGAAGCAAAGCUCAAUGAAUCUGAUUCUGACGAUGAAACGGGAUCCUUUUCGAAGUCUACCAGUUCUGGAGGUUUUGUUUCUGGAUCAGCAGUGAAUUCUAAUGCAACUGCCACAACACUUCUAUCCAUUGAAGUCAGAUCUGAGGCUUUCCUGAAACGAGUUCUUCCUCUGAUAGCAGAAUUCGGGCAUCAAUGUGCACAACAAAGAAUAUCACGUCUUCUGAUAGCACGAGCUAAGAAUGCUUCAGUAACCGAGGCAACAACACCAACUCAACUUUCUGAAUGUAUUGCAAUCGUCAAAGAAUAUCAAUCGCAAUGCGAAGAGGAAGGGUGGUAUUCCACCCAGAAUCAGAAAGCGGGUGGUCUCGGAAGAGCCAUCAACAAACUGUCGAUGGAUUACAUUGAGAAAUUCCAUGCGGCACGUAAGAUGCGUAUCGGAAACAUGCUCGAUACGGAGCUGUGGAAAGCUACGGAUGUGUCUAUUAUCGAUCAAAACAUGGUAGAUCAAGCUAUCGAAACUGGAAUGUUGAGAAGUUCGAAACGGAUCGAUGACGGGCCAACGAAAAAGCCAUUCAAAAGAACUGGAAGCAGCGCAACAAUCGAUUCGGGAACCUCUGUUUCAAACCAAACUGGAAUCAUUGUUGAUGAAGAAAGUUUUGUUGUUGUUGGAUCAUCUAUUACAAUGAUUCAAAUUCUCGCUGAUUACUGUGAAGCAAUAUCUAAGAUGCCUACAUUUGCGCAAGAUUGGAAUUCAAGAGUUAUAGAGUUACUCAAAACUUUCAACAGUCGUUGUUGUCAGUUGAUAUUGGGCGCUGGCGCUCUUCAACUCGUUGGCUUGAAGACGAUUUCCGUUCGAAAUCUAGGUACUAUUUUUGUAAACCUAACUCUCGCCGGUCGUUCGCUCGAAUUAGUUUGCCGUUUCAUCCCUAUGGUUCAUGAUGAAAUGGAUAGAGUUCUUCCGGAUGACAGAAAGAGUCUUCUUCGUUAUUUUAAAGGAGUGGAGAGUGAAUAUCGAGAUCAUGUCAACGAGAUUGCAAUAAAACUGAUCAGUGUGAUUGCUCAUUAUACGACAAAUUGCCUAGGAAUGUGGGAUGUGAAGGGGAAUAUUCCGUCUCCCGAAUUUCAACAGAUUUGUCGUCACAUGCUGAAAUUUCACAAUGGCUUGACGGGAAUUAUGCCGCGAGACCAGAUUGAGUCUCUAUUCCGUCAGGUACAUGAAAACUUCAAAGCCAACUUACGAGAACAUGUAACUGGAAUGGGUAUUCGACCACAUGACACUCUAAAAUACGGAUAUGUCACUCAAGACUACAUGUAUUACCAGCAAAAUGUGAAAAAUAUGGAAAGUUGUCGGAAUUUGGAGUUGGAGUCUCUCAACGAUAUAAUGUUUGACUAG